AUGGCCAACCGCGGAAAGACUUACGACCCCAAAGUCCACACCAUUGCGGAUUUGAAGGAACAUGGCUGCGCCAAUCUUCCCAAGAUGUACAGCGGUUCUAUAGAUUACUUCAACGAGGGUGCCAUGGACUUGUUAACACUUAGGGACAACGAGGAGGCAUACAACCGCUACAAAAUCCGCCCGCGAAUCCUGGUCAACGUGCAGGAUGUAGACAUCAGCGGCGAGAUCUUUGGAUGCAAGACGGCGCUGCCUCUGGGCUUCAGUCCCGCGGCGAUGCACCGCCUGGCUCACCCCGAUGGCGAGCUUGCGACUUCGCGCGCCGCCGCCAAGGCUGGUAUUUGCAUGGGCUUGUCGUCGUAUGCGACCGAGUCAAUUGAGGAUGUUGGCGCCCAAGGACUCGGCAACCCCUACGUGAUGCAGGUCUGCGUUGUUAAGGACCGCUCGGUUACGCUCCAGAUCCUGCAACGAGCUGAGGGUGACAAGAACGACUUCGAUCCUUCGCUCGACUGGGAGACUGCCAUUCCGUGGCUGCGGCAGAACACCAAGCUGCAGCUGUGGAUCAAGGGCGUGUACGGCGCCGAGGACGUCCAUCUGGCCAUCAAGUACGGCCUCGACGGCGUCAUCAUCUCCAACCACGGCGGUCGACAGCUGGACGGCGUGCCCGCAACCCUAGAUGCUCUCCGCGAGUGCGCCGUCGCAGCUGGCGGCAAGAUCCCCAUUGCCGUCGACGGCGGCAUCCGACGCGGCACCGAUAUCUUCAAGGCGCUUGCCAUGGGCGCGACUCACUGCUUUGUGGGACGAAUCCCCAUUUGGGGUCUUGCGUACAAUGGACAACAGGGUGUCGAGCUGGCCCUCAAAAUCCUCACAGAUGAGUUCAAGAUUACCAUGGCUCUCGCCGGAUGCAAGACGAUCAAGGACAUUACUCGAGACCACCUACGAUACCUCGACGGAAACGGCAUGUUGGCCAAGCUGUAA